AUGGAUUCUCAGUUGGCCUCAGUCCUGACCAGUGGCAGCCAGGAAGUCCAAAAUGGCAGCCGGUGUGGAGAGGGAUCAGAGCCAGUGGCAGAGGUGUUUCUGGACCCAAAGGAUAACAUUUCCUGCAGCCCUAAACCAGGUAGCCUCAAGCCCUGUCCGGCCCGGGCCGCGGAGGCCGUCAGACAGGAUGCUCAAUCAAUCAAUGGGAAAAAGCCAGAGGAGGGCGGGACUUCCAAGCCAGCCUCUCAGGGAAAAACCAGGAUUGGUGGCUUCAGACAGCCAAUUACAGUAAAGACUGGGGUGCCUGUUCUGCGCAGGCAGCCAAUCAGAAUCAAAAUUGUUGUUCCCCCACGGUGCAAGAGGCCAAUCACAAACUCUGCCAUCAGCCUGACCAAAGACUGUGUUCGCUCACGUUUUAAAGGGCCUGUUUUGGUCUCUGCAGGGGCAGUGAUCACAGAGAGAAGCAGGAGUCAGAUCCACAUAUCAGCUCUCAAAAAUGAAGGAGACAUCCUGGUUACGUGUCAAAAGACUGAGGAGGAAGCUGAAGUGGAGUCUUCGCAUGAGACAGAAUCAAAGAAGGGGGAUAGAAUUAGCACUGACGGAGGAGUUCUGAAUGUUAAAAUCCUCCGCGUGAACGGGUCAGAGGCUGCUUUUAUCCCCAGCACACACUCGGUUAAAGUACUGAGCCGUCAGGGCCUCACAAAAGAAUCCACAGAGAGGGAAAUGGAGCAAAAUAUUCCUUUCAUUUUAGAAGAAAUAAACUUGAAGUCCUUCAAAACGUUUGCUGAAACAGAAAUGGACGAGCAAACCGAGCCGCUGGACCUGAGCCUGCCUAAGAGACGAGAGGGCCGGGACAGGAAGUGCGGCCGGCUGCUGGACGACUCUGGCUGCGAGGGCCCGCUGAUCAUGGAGGUGGAUGAGUACGAGGGAGACGGAGACAGGGACACGGUGGAGGAGGAUGACGGGGAUCCGGGGCUCCUGCUGGACCCGCCUCUGCUGUCCCCCGCUUUGCUUUCUACCUCCGGCCCGACGUCUCCGUCCCCUGACACCGAAAACCUCCUCCUCAUCGAUGACCAGGGAAUCCCGUACACUCUCAGCCCGGACGGGUUCAAAGUGCCGCAAGUCAGUGCUUCCACGGCGGAGGGCCGACCGGAGCAGGCCGGAGAAACGGGGCCGCCGCUGGCCGACCGGGGCCUCGGCCAGAGUUUGGACGAUGCACUAACAGUACCCUCUGAUUCUUUUGACCCCUCAGCUUCUCCUGCUAGCGAGGCAUCGGCGGGAGGCGCUGAGGAGACGGACGCGCCGGAGGGGGUGAUAAAUAACUCAGAUUCUGCCGGGGCAGCAGAACCCGACGGUCAGGCUGUGGACGGGGCCGGUCCAGUCGUGUCCCCGUUCCCGGGGAUCCCGCUCCCCUCCCAGCCCAUUCAGAUCCUCCCGAGUCCAGCAGCCCACCCUCCCCUGCUCCUCCUGUCUCCGCCCCCCUCCGCCCAGCUGGCCUCAGCUCCGGUCAGCCUCUCCCUCCCUCUCCCCGUCCCGCACUCUUCAGCGGGGGCCUCCGCUCCCAUGUUCCUCCUCCUCUCGUCGGCGCCAUCCUCGCCCGGCGAGCCCGCUUCUACCUCCGCCCAGAUCGCCGUCCUGGACCCCUCCACCGGUCAGCUGUCCCACAUCACCGCGGCCCCGGCUCCGGUCUCCCUCCCUCUGUCCUCCGGUCCGGUCGGCUCUCUGGGAUCACCCCUGCCCCUGCUCUCCCACCCUGUCAUCAGACUGAGCCCCAACAACCCCCCCAUCAUCCUGACGGGCGUCAAUAACUUGACCUCCGGCCCCGUCCUCGCCUCGCUGACCGUCCCCUCGUCCGCCCUCGCCCCGCAGGACGAGCACCAGGUCGCGGCCCCCCUCGUUCAGACUCAGAUCAGCUACUCGGAAUCGAACCCCGGAAGCGAAGCCAUAUCUGCUGAAGAAGCCUCAAGUGAAGACAGCAAGCCAUUAGCUUUUGCGGCCCCCUCGCCCCGGCCGCAGCCUGCAGCGUGUGACCCCCCCGCUCAACCCGCCGCGGAGGCAGAGGCCCCAUCACCAGCUUCAGAACCUAAGUUUGACUCCUCAGUCCUCCACUCCGAACACUUACCUCUGGACGACCAUCUUUACUUCUCCAACAUGGCGGCUCCUCCCUCCCCUCCCUUGGGGCCCAUGCUCCCCUCAGGCAAACUGGACUCCCUGGACGCCCUGGACCCGCUGUCCCCCGCGGAGUCUCCCACCACUCUGGGUUCCCGCAGGGUGCUGUGCUGCCAGCUGUGCCCGCGGAUCUUCUUUUACCUCUCCGACCUGGAGCGCCACGCCAUCACCCACUCGCAGAAGAAGCCCCACGUCUGCCAGCAGUGCGGCAAAGCCUUCAAACGCUCCAGCCACCUGCAGAGACACAAGCACAUCCACACGGGCCAGAGGAACUUUGUGUGCCCCAUCUGCGCCAAGCGCUUCAGGGAGGCGGGGGAGCUCCAGCGCCACCAGAGGGUGCACACGGGGGAGAAACCCUACCAGUGCCAACUCUGCCACACGCGCUUCGCCGAGCGCAACACCCUCCGCCGGCACACCAAACGCAAACACCCCUACCACCAGGUGGCCAUGGAAAUGCUGAAUGAGAGGAAAGACAGAGGAGGCCCGGCCAGAGGAGACGGGCCGGGCUCUGGAGGGGCGGGCAUGCAGGAGGAGGAGGAGAGCGCCGAAUGGUACAGCUCCACCGUGUCCACGCUGGACAACUCCGAGUCCGAAAUGGAGGCCUGACACUCCAAAGUGAAGGAGGACCGGUCGGCUGGCUGAUGAUGAAAUAACUCUAGCCAGUUCCAUAGCUUCAAUUAAUGUCCAAAAAAAGGGAGCAUUUGCAAUAUUUAUUCAGUUUUUCUAACGGCAAAGUAUUUAUAUAAAUGUAUAUAGUUCCAUUUAAUGGGCCAAAAGUAAGCUUCCGAGUCACACCUGAUUUUUAAUUCGACUUUCUGUGUGGAAAAAAAAAAAGAUGCCUA